UUACAGACACACAGACUUUAUUUAUUAUUACAGACAAACAGACUUUAUUUACAGAGAGAAACGUGUCCUUCAGACUGAAUCCAGUAGAACUGUGAGUCUGGUUCAGCUCAGCUGGGAGAGGAUCAGGUUCUAAGGUUGUGGGUUCUAAUCCCACCAGAAACUUUUCAAGGUUAAUUUAUUUUUUUUCUCUGUUUUUGACAGUUUCAGGAGUUUUUCAGAGUCUGAAACACAACAAAAACAUUUCCUAAAUGUUUGAGAUAAUUGAAGGUUAAAUAACUCGGACGUGAAGCUGAAUGGAGUCUUUGUCAGGUCUGAAGAACAAGAACUGUGCUGUUAGAACCACAUUUAUCUUUCUGAACGCUGCUGUGAAAACGUCUUGUUACUGACUGACUCCUGACCUUUUGGUUUCCUAGAAAGCAGCAGACUUCCUGAUCCUGAUCCUGAUCCUGAUCCUGAACCAGCCCAGAGUCCAGCGGCGUCACGUUUCUCUUCAACCGUUUCCAGGAAGUCACUCGGCUUCGACUCGUCACAUGAGAGCGACUCGUUGAGCCGUGAGGCGUUCAGGAGCCUCGGAGUGAUGUCACAGCUGCUCCGUCCAAUCAGGACGCAGAUUUCGGCCUCAAAAAGUGUGUGUGUGUGUGUGAUCGGCUCAUAAAGUUUCUUCGUCUUCGUCUUCGUCGUCUCUGCAGCGUCUGAUGGGAUCAGGAGACGGAGAGAUGUCCGCCAGCCAGCAGCAGCAGAGGAGCGUGGUGCUCCGGGCCUCCAGUCUCCCUCUGGUUCGCUCCGCGCUGCAGUCGGUGACCUCGGCGUACUCGGAGGUCAAAGGUCGCUACCCUCUGCUGCGUCUGGUGGGCGGAGCCGCCGAGGUCGUCUCCAGCGCCGCCCUGACCAGAGCCACGCCCCUCCUCCAGAGCCUGGAGCCGCAGAUCGGGGUGGUGAACUCUCUGGCGCUGGUCGGUCUCGAUCGUCUGGAGAGGAACUUCCCGAUCCUGAAUCAGUCAACCGACGAGGUGGUGGGACACCUGAAGGACGCCUUCUUCCUGACGCUGGACGACGUGCAGCUGUGGCUGGGGGACAACGUGGACGGCGCUCUGGACCAGCUGGAGCGCCUGUCAGACGCCGCGCUGGGCGCCGUGCGCCUGCUGCAGGACUCGCAGGUGGGCCGAGCCGCCACGUCGGGACUGGACGACGUGCUGAGCCGCCUGGAGGACGCCACCGCCUACUACCUGCCGCUGCCCCCCACACUGCGCCGUGAGUGGGAGAUGAGGGUCCAGGAGCUGGAGGAUGAGGAGGAGGAUGAAGAUGAGCCGGGCCUGUGGACGCGGCUGCGCUCUCUGCUGCUGAACCUGAGCCUGCAGCUGUACCACCGCCUGCUGCGGGUCAGAGAGCAGCUGCUGCACGCCGCCGCCACGCUGGAGGGCGCCGCCCACAAGGCGGGUCUGGACCAGGUCCUGGAGCUGCUCGGGGAGCUGCUGCAGUCCCUGCGCGGCCUGCUGGUGGCGCUGGUUUACCGGGCUGAGAGUCUGCGGGCGCUGACCCUGAACGGGGUCAGAGGUCAGGCCGCCAUGCUGGCCGAGCUGCGUCCCGUCCGUCAGAUCAGGGAGCUGCCGCUGCAGGUCCAGACGGUGCUGGGGGACCUGCAGGACCUCACCAAGAUCCUGCUGCAGCUGGUGGUCAACGCCACGCCGCUCUACAACCUGUUCCAGCAGCCGUCCCCCCAGGAGGUCGAGGACUUCCUGAACCAGGAGGAUUUUGGCGCCGACAGCUCGUCUCGCCGCAGCUCCGCUAACAGUCUGUUCCUGAAGGCGAUGGACGGUCGUCCUCGCCGCCGCCGCAGCCUGUACUCCCGCGCCGUCCGGAGCGCCGACCCGCCCAACGGCCGCCGCCGCUCCAGCCUGAAGGACCUGCCGCUGCCGGCGCUGGAGGUCGAGGGCUCGCCGCUCCCUUCCGACGGCGCCGCCCACCGCCGGCCGUCCGCCACCGAGAUGCUGCUGGCGCCGCUCAAACAGUUCGUGUCCCAGAGCCAGAAGGCCUUCGAGUACCUGAGCCCCGACGGCACCGAAGAGGGCGUGGCCGCCGCCGACCUGUAG